AUGACGGACUACGUCUACUUUCGGAUAUUUGGCUACCUGACCACCAUAGUAAUGCACGUGACGAACAUUUACUUUAUGAUGAAGGGAUUGAAGGAGGAGCAUUUUGAGGACCCGUAUUUGAAAAUAUUUAGUAGCCUCCAGAGUCGAUAUUUCACAUGUUGGACAUUUACCAUACAAAUAAUCUAUGCGGUCAUUGGACUAGCCUGUGACUCACUGACGUUGCGAAAUUCCGAUGAUCGAAAUUAUAAAUUACCAAAACAUUUGAAGGGAUGCAGAGACACAAUGUUUGCUGGUGUAUUAUGGCCAUCGACUUGGCUCGUUUUCACAGUGUUUUGGCCGCUGUUCCUGUACAAUAGAGAUUUGAUUUUCCCGAAAGCCGCAGACAAAGUUCUUAGCCGUGUAUCAAACCAUGUGAUACAUACGGCCAUAGUUCCGGUGGUUAUUUGGGAAGUUGUCUUCAGGCCAAGAGUCGAACCAAAGUCCCAUAUACGGAAUUUGUUGCACUUACUGUUUCACAUCUCUUUAUAUUUCCUCGUGUUAGCUUACACAUAUUUAGAACGCGGAAUAUGGAUUUAUCCGAUUCUCACAAGGGCAUUUGGCACCAUUUAUUUCCCAAUCAUAUAUAGGGGUCUUCACAAACUGGGCACUUUCAUCGUACAACAAACAUGCCCUGCAACCGCAUACUUAUUUUAUGCAUCGUAUGACAGUUCAUUAAAGAAAAGAUACGAAUCGACGAUGACCAGCCUCACUAAGGACGAGAUAUUAGUUCUACUGAGACCCCCUUUCACGAACUGGAGCAAUAUAAUACGCGAAGCUGAGAAAGUUGUCGGCUAUCCCACAUCUUUUAUGAACUUACGAUGCCUACUGAGUGACGAGUUCGCAAAUUUAGCGCUUUAUUUGAGGAAACUGGUUGGUAGCAAUCACUUGGUUAUGCAGACUGCGAAGAACGUUUUAUACGGCGAUUCAAACAACUUGCAACCCUGGGGUCUUAUUAUUCUCCUCUUAUCGAAGUCUGUAAAAACGUGUGUUCCGGCGUCGCAGACAAAGGUUAUAGACGAACAGCAAAGAGCUCUAGCUGAGCUCAUAGAGUUAAUGAGAACCGGCCACUUAAUUCAUAGGGGAAUCGUAAACGUACCUUUUGCAAAACGAUCGAAGAGUACGGAAUCUGCUAUUUUUGGUAAUAAAAUAGCUAUCCUUCUCGGAGAUUACCUAUUAGUCACAGCAAAUACUAUGUUGGCGGGUUUAAAGAAUGCUGAUGUGCUAUACACCGUGUCGUUGGGUCUAAAGAAUUUGUCCGAGGGAGAAUUUUUCGGCGACAGGGACGAACAAAACAUGCCAUUGCCUGGGAAGCCCAAAUCCGAAACAGACGACAUUGUUACUUUUGAUGCCACAUCUAUAGCGACCGACGACGUACUGGGUAAAUCGCGAAAAGAAUGGACGGCUAGAACCGUUUUCAAUGGAGUCAGCUUGCUUGGAAGGGCUUGUCAGUCAGCGAUGCUCCUGGCCAAACAGGAGCGCGAGAUGCAAAACUACGCCUACCACUUCGGAUGCCACGUUGGCUUGGCUUGGCAGGCGGCCACCGAACUGCAAAGUCUGACUUCUGAGAGCAAGGAUCAGUUUUGCCUAGCAAGCGCCCCUGUGCUUUUCGCUUUAGAGGACAACCCCGACCUGUAUAAAAUCAUACACCAAGCGAAGAACGAUGUUAAGGACGUAGAUUAUGAAGAUUUGAAAUUCAAUAUAUUGAAAACGGACGCAGUGGAAAAAACCAAAAUGCUGUAUAAAGAACACGCAAACAAAGCCACGACGUAUAUAGAGAGCAUAGGAUGCAACGAGUCCGUCGCAAUGAUAAGAAAAUUAAUUAACACUUUU